AUGUCUAUUGUUGCGAGAAUGGAAGAGCAGAGACAACCAAAAACGCCAAUAAAAGUUCAAGGCACUACAAUGAAUAACAAACGACUGGCGUACGAUGAGCUAGAAACUCCUUUGCGUGAGUUAACACAAGCGAAUUUCAUUCUAACCGCCUCAGCACCGAAAGUGGCAGCCUCCGAGUCUCCGUUGUUUAUCAAACGACUUCGAAUAGAUUCUGAGCCGAUCCUCGAUGACGAAGAGGGAUUCGAACUUGUACUUCCAGAAGAUACUUUAAUCGACUCACCGUGCGCACAUCGUUUCAGUCUACGAGGCGGAAAACCUUCAUCUCUCGAUUAUUUUACACCUGUGAAAUCGUUCAACAGAAUUUCAUCAAUAUCAGAUCUAUUCAAUAGGAAUAGUGAGUCCUUUGGGGAUGACUCUUCUGAUCGAUCAUUACCGACAUCAUUGAGGAAAUGCAAUUCUCUUAACCUUCAUGCUCCAGAUGCCAAUCAAUUCUCAGGGUUAUCGCGAGAAAACACACCGUGCACACGUCGCCAAUCUAAUAUUUUUUACAUUGAUUCAUCAAACCUUUCGCCUACGCAUGAUCUACAGUCGUCACAAGAAUUUUUGGACGAUUCUUCAAUCGAAUCUCCAUGCAUGAAACGAAAUUCUCCAAACGACUUGUACGUUUCAGGUGGAAAAUUACCCAGACUAACUCCUAGUGCGCCUCCACAGCCUGACUUUUUCGAUGCAGAUUCCACAAAUAUUUUUCUCUCGUCCGGUUACAACGACGUGCAAUCAUCGUCAGUACCUAUGAAAGGGUCCUUGACAGAAUUUCCACGCCCGAAUCAGUCAGUUGCGUAUAAAGAAAACAUUGGCUCACGCGCCGUUCAUUCAUCAAAAGGUCAAAAUACUGUCAAUGUAACUCCCACCGAAAAAACUCCAAAUAGAACCCGAGAUAAGAACACUAGUUCACCAGAAAUAUGCAACUCAACAUGGAUUUCAAGAAGGCGAACAGAUUAUGUGUCCACUCCUGUAAUGUUAAGGAAGAUGGCAAAUAUAAUGCAACCCUCCCCAGCGAUGGUCAAUGAAUAUACUACAAAGUACGCACAUAUGCUCGAUGAAUCGUACUUUAAGGAUGUUGGCCGGAAUAGUCGAAUUUUUUGUCCUCCAAAAGCGUCUGGUUCUCAGUAUAAGGAUUAUUUUACCGAUAAUUUUAUUGUUGAUUCCGUUCUAGGAAUUGGCGAGUUCUCAACCGCGUAUAAGGUGAACGAUCGGAAAACGGGAGCUUUGUACGCUGUUAAAAAGGCAAAAACUCCCUUUAAGUCCCAUACGGCCAGAGCAGAGCGCUUGGAAGAGGUCGAAAUUAUGUGGAAGCUAGGGAAACAUCCUAAUUGUCUUCAACUAUUUUCUGCCUGGGAACAGCGUGGACACCUUUAUCUACAAACGGAAUUAUGCGAAAACAGAUCGCUUGAGUACUUUCUGAAAUACAAUUCUAAAUUGGAGGAACCCAAAAUUUGGCGGAUCUUUGCAGACAUCGCCUUUGGUCUCGAACACAUUCACAAGUGCGACAUUAUGCAUUUAGACUUAAAACCUGGAAAUAUUUUCCAAACUCUGGACGGAAUAUUCAAGAUCGGUGAUUUUGGCCUCUCGGCAAGCUGGCCGGCUAAACCUGAUCUUGAUAGACAAGGCGACUGCCGAUACAUUUCAUUAGAGGCACUAAAUUGUCAUUACGACAAAUCAGCGGACAUUUACAGCCUCGGCACAAUCGUGCUGGAAAUGACCGGGAUCAUUUCUCUAAGCAAAAAGACUGCAGAUAAAAUCAGAUUAGGUGACUUAUCGGAACUCGAAUUCGAGCGUAUAUCAGGCGAAAUGUCUACAUUAUUAAAAGCUAUGUUGCAUGUCAACCAUAAAGAAAGGCCCAAAAUUCAGAAAAUUGUUAAAAUUCCUAAAAUCCGUAGUCACAGGGGUGUACAAACGUUCUUUUCACAUCAGAAGUUAUUAAUCUAG